GUUUAAAACCGAUGAAUGGUUUCAGUUACCUCCCAUUCCUGAAGACAUGGGACUCGGAAGUUCUGCUUGUUCUUAUGCAGACGACAUUUUCGUGGCGGGCGGUAAAAACACAAUGACAGCCUUGUACCAGUUUGAAACGCACAAAAACUCCUGGCUCAAGUUGUCUCCAAUGAAUGUGGGAAGAAGGAACCAUGUCAACGUCGCUGUUGGCCACUGUUUGUAUGUCCUGGGAGGACUCAACAACGAGGUGACAACACUCAACAGCGUAGAAUGCUACGACAUAGACAAGGCUGUGUGGACAGAUGUUGGCUUCCUCCAUAAAGCUGUCCGGUCUAGUGGAUCAGCCGUCAUUG